GAGAGCGGAACCAAAUCGGGCGAAGACAAAGACGCCGUCGAAGGGCGUUUUAUCGCUGCUCGCGCGGUUCUUCGCUUCGAGUAGCUUCCCUCCCGAAGCCUCCCUCCGCUCGUUCGUAAGAAGAGGACACCGCGGUUGACUCGGCUCACGGAUAUCCGCAUUGUUUCGCGUCGACCAGCCAACUCAGCUGACCUACAUCGAGCAGUCACCGGGCAAACUGGGAUAUCGAGCCACUCGAAGCUCGUCUACGGAAUACCCCUCGAGACCUUGCCGACGACGCCGAUCCCUCGCGGCUUGGCCCAACGAUCGCGAUAACCGACCACUCGAUGCUCGUCCUCCUCCGAGAUCUCGUAUCGUUCGUUUCGUCACUCGCGUCUCACAGGCGAUACGGCACGGUGGUGGCCGCUACCAAUUUGGCCGCGCGGCUCGUAUGCAUCGACCUCGUGAACUUGGCUCUCUUUCCGUGUCAGGAUCCAGAUCCACGCGCUUCUUCCCGUUCGAUUGCCCCUUGUUCGCCGAGCGAUCGCGACACGCCAAACAGACGUUGCAGUAGUUGCUACCGAUCCGAACGUCGCGUCGCGUCGUCGUCGUCGUCGUCUUCGUCAUCCCGUUUUACUUUCGUUUCUCAGUUUCCUCGAUCUGUUCACUUUCUCGCUCUGUGCCGAUUCAACGCCUCCGUCUUCAUCGCCGCAUCUGUGAAAACAACCAUCGUUCAAGUUUUUACGUAUAUUUCGCCGAAAUGGAGGACCAUCCGUCGCGCCUUUUCUCCGAUACGAGAACGGUCGUGUAGGAAUGUCAGAAUGAGAGGAGCAGCGUUUCUGGGAACGAUCAGAACGGUUCGCGGAACUUUCCUCAGGACGCUCGUGUUCGUAUUUUUGGCAACGUUCCUGUGGCUCCAAAUUCACGUGAUCAGUCUGACCGGUCGCAACUCCGCUGGUCAAGCCUCGUCGAACGAGACGCUGUUCUCCCUCGUGCCGCAGGAACUGCACAGGUUCUUGAAAGACCGUCGAAAUGGUUCUUCGACGUCGGCAUUGGGGAACGCGAGCGCGGAAACGCUGACGGAUUUCGAGAUAGCCGAGAUUCGUCGCAACAUAGAGAGAGCGAACGCUGAGCAAAGGGUGUACAACGAGGAGUCGUUCGGUCCGUUGGCCACCGACGCUCCCGUGAUAGUGAUCCAGGUGCACACGCGGCUCACCUAUCUUCGCCAUUUGAUCGUGUCGCUGGCCCAGGCGAAGGGGAUCGAACAGACGCUUCUAGUCUUCAGCCAUGACGUCUGGCACCCGGACAUCAACUAUCUCGUGCAGAGCGUCGACUUCUGUCGCGUCAUGCAGAUCUUCUACCCUCACAGCAUACAGUCUCAUCCUCGAAGCUUCCCGGGCGAGGACCCGAACGACUGUCCGCGAAACAUACGCAAGGAACAAGCCCUCGCUCUCGGAUGCGUCAACGCGAAACACCCGGACCUUUACGGGCACUACAGGGAGGCCAAGUUCACGCAGACCAAGCACCAUUGGUGGUGGAAGGCGAACCGCGUGUUCGAUCAACUGGCCAUCACGAGGAACCACACCGGCAUGGUGUUGUUCCUCGAGGAGGAUCACUACGUCGCGGAGGACUUCAUCCACGUGCUCAGGCUCAUGGAGCGCACCUGCAAGCAUAGUUGCGAGAGGUGCAACGUCCUUUCUCUGGGGACCUAUCUCAAAACCUACAAUUACUUUGCCGAUUUUAGUCGAAAGUUCCUUGGCGUCAACAGCGCCCUGCAAAAGGAGCUUCUGCGCGGAUUAAAGCGGCGGGAGUUCUCGACGAGGCAGCGGUCGGCGAGGGCCGAGGACCCGUUCUUCUCCGGACCGUUUAGCGGCAACGGGAACACCACGGCCACCGGCAACACCAUCGGCGUUACCAGCACGACCGCCGCCUCUACCACCGGGACUGGACCGAGCAGCGUCAAGCGAAACGGAACCGGCGCCGCGGUUCGCGACCCGCAGGCGAUCCGCUCCGCCGGCACCGCGUGGGCUUUCCAGUUCCUGCCCGAUCUCUACAAUCAUUAUCAAAAGGCCGAGGUGAUACCGUGGAUCUCGAGCAAACACAAUAUGGGCAUGGCGUUCAAUCGUGUCACGUGGAACAAACUGCGGAAAUGCGCGUCUCAGUUCUGUUCGUACGACGAUUACAAUUGGGACUGGAGUCUUCAACAUAUCGCCCAAACGUGUAUGCCACCGAGCAAGGGUGCCGGGAUAGCCCCUCGUACAGAGUCCGGCCUGAUCACGAUGAUGAUGAGGGCACCGAGGGUGUUCCACAUCGGUGAAUGCGGAGUCCACCACAAGAAGACCAACUGCGAGUCGACCACUGUGAUAGCAAAGGUUCAAAACGUUCUACAGGCCGCCCGAAACCAUCUCUUUCCUACGCAACUGACGCUCACCGUGGCCGGCACCGCGAAAAAGACGAAGCUCAGGAAGGGCAACGGUGGAUGGGGCGAUACGCGAGAUCAUCGGCUCUGUUGGAACAUCACCGUUUAUCCGGAUCUGCUUUUACCAUAACGACCGGGUCGAACAUCAUCGACCGGAAUUCAUUUCCCUGUCUCAUUUUCCUACGCCUGGUUCACGCUGGUCUCAGUCGAGUAAAGAGUACUCCGUGUACGAGCGAACCGGGGCCGCCGAUCCUUCGUCCCACAGGUCCCACUGCCCGAUGAACCUCGCCUCGCCUCGGUUUCUCUCGUCCAGCUUCGUCUCUCGUGGAAAAUACUCGCGUUCAACAAGUUCCUUCGCAUCGGUAAAUCGCUCUACCGAUCCUCGCCCCAAGUCUUGACAGCGUCUUUGAUCGCCGUCACCUUACGCGUCGAAUUUUUCGUUCGCGGCAAAGGUAACGCGAACGUGCAUGCUUCUUCCGCUCAUCGUUGGCGAAGGACCGUCGAGAAACCGCGUAGCCGAGUAUAACGACGUCCUUCGUAUCAUCGUCGCAUUUAUUCUAGUCGUCGUAUCGCAUGCAAACGGGGAAACGCGGACCCGCAUGGGGAAGAAAAGAGAGGAAAGCAGUUUUCUCGGUAUGUACCUGUUCCGCCCGAGACGAUUCGGACGAACUUGCGCGAACGAACGAUUACGAGAGCGAACCAAAAGCCAUCCACGAGUCGCGGAAAUCUAUAUGUACGUAUAAGCUACGUUUUAUAUUUGUAACGAGAUCAACGAAAAUAAACGAAUCGACCGAUUUUCUCGUAUA